AUGGGGGCCGGGCGCGGCCAGGCCUGUGGGCGGGCGCCGGGACGAGCCGACUCCGAAGGUGAGUUGAAGCCAGUACUGGUGAGCUACGCCAUGCCCAUGCCCACUCCCGGGCUACAAAAGGAAUUCACUGGAAACCCCGGCUCCAGUAACAUCAGUGAGCCAUUCCUAUUGGUAGUUGAUAGGGGUGGAGAAAUCAUUCUUCAAGUUAACAUCACUUCCGGAUUGACCACCACGCUUCCGCUCGGAGAUGUAGGACAGCCAUACGCCGUGGACCACGACCCGCUCACGGACUACGUGUACUGGGCAGAUGACCAGAACAAGAAAAUCCACCGGGCUCGUCGUGAUGGAAGUGACAGGGAGACCAUCUUAGACAUCAACUCUGUCCUUGGCCUGGCGUUGGACCACGCUAUAGGGGAUAUCUACUGGACUGAUUGGACUGAACACAGCAUAUCUGUAGCAAAGAUGAAUGGAUCAUUAACUAGAACACUUCUGACGUCACAAGCCGUUAGCAGUCCUUAUGACCUGGUCCUGGACCCCAGGAAUGGACUCAUGUACUGGGCGGACAAUGGUAAUGACAGAAUUGUCCGUGCUGCGAUGGACGGAAGUAACCCAACCACCAUCAUCACGGGCGUGUCUGCUCCUUAUGCCGUUACAAUAGACUAUAGAGAGGACCGGCUGUACUACUCUGAUGGGUACCGCGUGUACAGCUCAGACCUGCUGGGUAACGAUAUCCAACAACUGCUGUAUGAAAACGGGAAGACUGUGUAUGGGAUUGCUGUUGACGAGAACUACGUCUACUGGUCGUCUUCUUGGUCGUCAUCAAGAAGCACAUGGCAAGGGAAAGUCGGAAUGUUAUCCAAGUCAGACUUGACCAAGACUGUCCUGGUGGAGGGUCUGGCACGGCCACGGGACAUCUACCUCUCCACGGCAGCGCCUCCUGGCGUCACCACUG